CCCACUGCAUUGAACCACGCUUGAUACAUUCUAGGUUGUUGCGGCGUACCUUCAUAGCAUGCCAAUCCAUCCCAUCUCUGCUAUGGCAGUAUACAGCCUGCGCGGCAGCCAUCUCCGCCUUCGGAGCGACACAAGCGACCCGCGCCGAGGGUGAUCUCUGGAUGACCGUGGCCAGUAGCGGCCGCAGACUCGGUAUUCCCAGUGGCAUGAGUGUUGGAAUCGAAAUUCAUGGACGCGGGUUUGCGCCGAACCUAGAGAGAAGGCUGCCUUUUGCCCAUCGCCGGCCUCCAGGUUGACAGUUCCCUCCCUGUUUCAUUCAUGUUGCUGCCGGGCUGGAUAUAUAGCAAGGUAUCUGCCCAGGCGCAGCCGAAUCCUCGAGUAGGUGGGAAGGCGGCCGGCGACGGGCCGUGCCUGACCAGAGCAAACGCCCCGGAAUCAGCAACAGAGGGGGAGGCCACGCUCCAAUGUUGCUGGCAGCUCCCACUCGAACGUCACCACCUGCUUCGAUCCGUCACUCAACACCUGCCGCGUACUAUCAGCAAUACCGCUUGUAUCGCCCCGGAGUCAGCUCGCCGUUGUCCCCAGGGUGGCACGCGAGGCUGGGUACCGGUAUCUCUAGGUCGACUCGUGGUGCAUCGACAGGCCAAGCAGCUCGGAGUUGUUCGGAUCGAUCAAUUUAAUGUAUCCGUGGUACGGCAGUGCGAACGUGUGCCACGCUCACCUGCCCGACACGCCCGCCGGCGGAGACCCCGUGCGAGCCAAUGUGCUCUUCGCCAGAGCCUGCGGUUCACGCGCGGAUGGAUGCUCCAGGAGUUCAUCGCCCCGCUUGCCGCGACGUUCCUCUCCAG